GGUCAUGUAGAGGUUGUUUGGUUGACACUUUGCAUGGCUACACCAAAAAACACCGCCGUUUGCAGCACAAACCACCCGACGGGGAGCGGGUGCAUAGCCGGCACCGGUGGUCUUCAUUUCGGUGCGGAGGCAAUGUCGAAGUCAGGGACAGUGAAGACGUGGAACGAUGACAAGGGCUUCGGAUUCAUAGGCCCCGAAGACGGUGGCGAGGACCUCUUCUGUCACACCUCGGCCUUGCGCGGAUGCAAAGGCCUUGGCAAAGGAGACAAGGUGCGCUUCGAUUCCGAGUUUGAUGACCGGAAGGGCAAGAUGCGCGCCGUCAACGUGUCAUUAGAAGGAGGUGGUGGUGGUGGUGGUGGCUACGACGACCGCCGCGACGAUCGCCGGGACGACCGCCGUUACGAGCGCCGCGAUGACCGCCGCGAUGAUCGCCGCGACGAUCGAAGGGACUACGAUCGUCGGGACGACCGGCGUGAUGAUCGCGGCAAGGGCAAGGGUGGAAAGGGCGGCGGCGACCGCUUUGGUGGCGACAACCGCGGGGAUGACAUCAGCAACGGAGGGAACCGACACCUUACAGCACGGGAGCUCUUCAUGAGGCAUGAGCAAGAGAAACGCUCCUCUCGACGUCGUUCCCCAAGCUCCUCCCGCUCUCGUUCGCCGCCGAGGGAGCGCCGGGCAAACUUCAACUGAGAGUGUGGAGUGCCGAGACUUGGGGUGGUUGUGUAGAUCCUUCGCU